AUGGCCAAGUCCAAGAAGCACACCACACACAACCAGUCCAGGAAAUGGCAUCAAGAAACCCUGGCCACAAAGAUACAAUCUCUUAAGGAGGUGGACCCCAAAUUCUUGAAGAACAUGCGUGUUUCCAAGAAGCACAAGAAUGGCCUGAAGAAGAUGCAGGCAAACAAAACAAGGACAAUAAAUGGUCUAGCAGAGGCCAUCAAGGUCCUUGUGAAGCCUGGGGCCAUUAAGCCCAAGAUGCCAAAAUGCCCCAGCCACAAACUCAGCCAUCUGGCUUUCAUUGCUUACCCCAAGUUUAGGAAGCAGAUUCAAAGCUACAUGGUCAAAGGUCACAGGCUCUGCCAAUCAAAGCCCAAGGUUCAAACGGAGGCAGAGGCCACGGCUCCAGCUAAGGCCAAGGCUUUAUCUCCAGCUGAGGCUCCCAAAGGUGCCCAGAACCCUGUGAAGUUCCCAUAG